GCCGGGCCGCAGGCGGACGGAAGAGGCGGUGCUCGAUACGGAAGUCCCUGGGCCAGCUUCAGUCACGUAAGAGAAGGUUCCACACAGAGCUGCCACUCAGGAGGCAUGGCACUCUGGCGAGCAUACCAGAGGGCCCUGGCUGCACAUCCGUGGAAAGUCCAGGUUCUGACAGCUGGGUCACUGAUGGGCGUAGGUGACAUUAUCUCACAGCAACUGGUGGAGAGGCGGGGUCUCCAGCAACACCAGAUAGGCCGAACCCUGACCAUGGUAUCCCUGGGCUGCGGCUUUGUGGGCCCCGUAGUUGGAGGCUGGUACAAAGUUUUGGACCACUUAAUCCCAGGAACCACAAAGGUGGAUGCAGUGAAGAAGAUGUUGCUAGAUCAGGGGGGCUUUGCCCCGUGUUUCCUAGGCUGCUUUCUCCCGCUGGUAGGGAUACUCAAUGGAAUGUCAGCCCAGGACAACUGGGCCAAACUGAAGCGGGACUACCCUGAUGCCCUCAUCACCAACUACUAUCUCUGGCCUGCUGUACAGUUAGCCAACUUCUACCUGGUCCCCCUGCAUUACAGGUUGGCUGUUGUCCAGUGUGUUGCUGUUGUCUGGAACUCCUACCUAUCCUGGAAGGCACAUCAGCUCUAAGCCUGCCUUGUUCCAUGGUUUGCACCUUAUACUGAUGCACUGUGGCCCUGGAAUGCUUGGACAGCUUUCUCAAAUUGAGCACAUCAAGACUGUCUGCUCUAUGGAGGACCUAAGUUUGGUUCCAAGCACCCACAUUGGGUGGCUCACAACUCCCUGUGUCUUAAGUUCCAGGAGAUCUGAUGUCCUCUUCUGGCCUCUGCAGCACCUGCACUCACAUGUAUAUAUCCGUGCAUAGAUAUGUAUUUGUAAUUAAGCACACAAUGAAAUCUGAUAAAGGAGGCAAUGUGUCGGUUUCCAUGAUAUAGGGUUGCUGAUCAGAAUAAGGUGACCACUCUGAAGUGGCACAUUUCACUCUAGUCACUAAGACCUUUAUAAUAUUGCUGUCCCUCUGGCACUUAGCUGAUGGGGACACACUAUAAGAAUUGUGUCCU